AUGCCAAGAACGACGAAGAGUCAAAAAUGUGGUCUGACUUUUCCAGUAGCCCGAAUCCGAGCCAUGCUGAAGGCAAAGAACUUUGCUAAUAGGGUAAGUGACUCAGGAGCAGUAUUUUUAACAGCUGUGCUAGAAUAUCUAACUGCAGAAAUACUUGAAGUCUCUUUGAAUGCAGCUGCUCAGAAUGGUCACCCUGCCAGAAGACGUAUUCAGCCCAAAGACAUUGAAAGAGCGUUGAAAAACGAUCCUGAGUUUUUGCCUCUGUUUCGUAAAGCAGUAUUUCCUGGUAGCAUUUUUGUAAGUUCAAUGGAACAGAAUAGAGCACGACGGACUCGUCAGCAGGAGAACCGUUGA